CUCCCGUCGGCUUCACAAAGAUGCCUUCUGGCGCCUACUGUCGAGUGGUGCAGCCGGGCAGUGGGCCAAAACCGACAGGUGACCAACGCGUCAAGUAUGACUUCAUCCAAUGGGCUGACGACUUCGAUGGAGACAAAGUAUGGGAGAGGCGAGGGGAGGUGGAUCGUCCGUCCGACUGUGAUGGGUGGGAGGAGGAGAUGUGGACUGACAUGUGUGUGGGUGAGGUGCGGCGGGUCAUCCUGUCGGGCUCAUUGAGCACCACUGGGGAGGAUGCUUACAUCGAGAUGCGGCUAUUGGACAUCCGGUGAGUCGGGGCACGUCCACACACGUGUGAGGAUUUGUGUGCGUCACGGCUUCACUUGGUGUGUGUGGGUGUUGCUCCUCCUGUCCUAUCCGGCAUUUCUUUGCCAGGACUCCUGUCGGCCCCGAGCGGCCACUACCACCACCAGCAGCAGCAGCUACGACGGCGCCUAAUAAUGACAGCAGCCAUGAAGGAUUCACUCUGUACCCCUCUGGAACCUAUCAUCAAGUCGUACAGCAGGGUAGUGGGCCCAAAGCGACGCGUGAGCAGAAUGUCACGGUCGACAUCAUCGAGUGGCGUGAUGACUUCGACGGACCAGACAAGAGAUAUGAUCUCCAUGGGGUGGUAGGUCUUGUGUCUUCCUGGGCUGAGUGGGAGCAGGAGAUCCUCACUGACAUGCGUGUGGGUGAGGUGCGCCGCGUCCUCGUGCCGGGCAGACAGGAGGAGAGAUACCUCGAGUACAGGCUGGUGGACAUCCGAUGAGUCGGGCACAUUCACACACGUGUGAGGAUUGAUGUGCGCCACGGGACUCAUUCAUAUCUGCGCAUUGCUCUUUGGUAUUUUCUUGUCAGGAAUUCUGUCGGUUCCGAGCGGCCACCACAACCACCACCGCCACCGUCAGCAGCAGCAGCACCGCCACCACUAGCAAGAGAAGAAGCGGCGGCCAGCGAUGGCAGCAGGAGGCGGUCGACGGGCGUGUUGUCUCGGGUGGUGCAGCAGGGCAGCGGUCCCACACCGACCCGUGACCAGCACAUAAAAGCCGACAUUAUCGAGUGGGCUGACGAUUUUGACGGCCAGGACAAGAGAGGGGAGGGCAGUGGGCUGGAGUUUGGUCUGUCUGAUGUACGUGAGUGGCUCCAAGAGAUGUGGACUGACAUGCGGGUGGGUGAGGUGCGGCGGGUCACCCUGCCGGCCGAGAUGAGCACUACUGGCAAGGAUGCUUACGUCGAGAUGCGGCUACUGGACAUCACGUGAGUCGGGUUACAUUCACACACGUGUGAGGAUUGACGUGCGUCAUGGCAUUCACUUCGUGUGUGCGUGGUGCUCUUUGGUGUUGUCUUUGCCAGGACUCCUGUGGGCUUCGGCCGACCACCACCACCAGCAGCAGCACCUACGACGGCGCCCAAUGAUGACAGCAGCUAUGAAGGAUUCACUCUGUACCCCUCUGGAACCUAUCAUCAAGUGGUCAAGGAGGGCAGUGGGCCCAAACCGACGCAUGAGCAGUGGGUCAAGUACGACAGCAUCGAGUGGCGUGAUGACUUCGACGGACGAGACAAGAUAGGCGAGACGCGUGGGGGGGUUUAUCGUGUGUCUAGGUGUCUGGUUUUAGAGUGGUUCAACGAGAUCAUAACCGACAUGCGUGUGGGUGAGGUGAGGCGGGUUUUUUGUCCCGGCGGAGGGGGGACAGGACACGUGCUUCGAAGAGUACAGGCUGCUGGCGAUUUGUGAUAGUGAGAUUGAGUGUGAGAAUGAAGGCAUUGAUCUUAGUGAAUGUGCCUGACUGACUGACUCGUCGAUCGAUCGGCAACAGCGGAGCUCGAGGGCGGGCAAAGAGAGUGACGCUGACGGGUGAAUGCGUGGAUGGAUGCAGGAGCGUCUGUAGGUCGUUCUGGCCUUCCAGGUAUCUGUUGAUCUCUGCAUGUCGUUGACUGACUGGCAAUUGUCACUUCCGCAAUGCUGGGCGCAUCUGCUGGACGCUUGUGUGCAGAUGUAGGCGAUGGAUGGACCGGUGUGUGUAGGGGCGUCAGACAGGUCUUCAGUGGGGCUGGGUGGUCGGAUGGCGACGGGUUGAAUUGUGAUGUAUGUG